CCCACCAAAAAUAUUCGUUUGCCCCCUAAAAAUCCCUGGGCUGGUACUGCCACCCACACCGGCCCCCUCGAAGAUCCCCCGGGGGAUCCCUUAAUUUGCCGAGGCAAAUUCGCGCUUAAAAAGCCUACUACGGAGUUUAUAGCAUGGAGCUAUUAUAGCUCUAUGUUUAUAUUCAUCUUUUAGAGUUGCGCUCUUUGGCUUUGUAAAUCGGUUAGGCCUACGUGUCGUAAAUUUCUCAGUCUUCGGAUCGGAUUGUUGUUCAGAAUUUCAAAUGAUUAAAUUUUAGAAUAAAAAAUAUGUUGAGGUCUGGCAAUCGUUACAGGAAAGGACAAGACCGAAAUGGAGAACAUCUAACUCCGGAUGAACGUCUGUCAAAUGGUAGAAUUGGAAUGAAAACAAACGCUGCAGCAAACACACUAGCAGACGGUACUGUGGAGAGAGGGGCUAUUCAUCAAGACGAGCGCGGCCUAACCGCCGGGGGAGAGUCACUAACAAGGGAGAUGGAGCUGGAAGUAGAAAUUCAUCGUGAGAAAAAUGAACGGAGGCAACAGAAAACAAACGUUAAUAUGAAAGCAGUGAAAACAGUGAUUCUAAUUAAUACAUUUCUGUAUGCUGUCUGUUUCUGGAUACAAAUGGGCGUUUUACCGUUUCUGUCCAAGAAAUUCAAUAUGGAUAUGGUGACAUUUGGUUAUCUCCAAACUUUCUUUUCUGGCAUCAUGCUUGUUGGUGGUCCGAUAUAUGGUAGAUUCGGGGAUAUCUAUGGAGGACGUGCUGCUCUAGGGCUAGCCUAUCUAUCUGCUGCAGCCAUAUAUGGGAUACUGGGUGUGGCCAGUUCUUCAAUGAUGAUCUUUGUCUCCAGAAUUCCGUCAUUGUUUUUGCAUGCUUUUCAAGGAACUCAAAUGGUAAUAUCUGAUUUAUCUGAUGAAAGUGGGAGAACUGAGGCCUUAGGAAGAGUCAGUAUGUGUUAUUCUAUUGGUAUAGUUGUAGGUCCAUUGAUUGGAGGUUGGAUCAGCGUUUAUAUGAGUGAACAGUCGGCAGCAGCAGUAGCUUGCAUUGGAUCGUGUGUCAGCCUGGCACUGACAUUAUUCUUUAUACCAAGCAAUACUAAGCCCCCACAGUCUUCAACAUCCAAAGACAAGUCUUCAGAUAGUGUGUUCAGCAUAAAAAACUUCACCCAUCUAAUGAGGUCUUCCCCCGGUGCGGCCUUCUUUCUGAGUGUGAAUCUACUUGCUGGUCUGCCAGGGGCCAUCUUCAGUUCUAUGUUUGCUCUUAUUGUCAUUGAUAAGUUUCAGCUGACUGCCGAUGAAAACGGAUACUUUCUCUCAUUCCAGGGCAUUGCGAGCAUUGUUGUGCAGGGCAUGGUAAUAGGACGCCUCACAAAGAAAUACAGUGAAAUGAAGUUGCUUCGAGCCAGUGCCGUAUUGUUAGCAGCAAGUUAUAUGUCCUUGUGUCUUGUCCAAGAUGUAUGGCAGCUUGCGGCCGUUCUGCUCCCAAUGACCUGUGGAAAUUGUAUUACAACUACCGUCAUCACCAGUGUACUUACCAAGGCCGUACCAUCCUCAGAGUCAGGAACGAUCCUUGGUCUCACCCAUGCUGGCACAUCCCUCCUUGGUACCUUGGCGCCAAUCAUCGGUGCUGAACUCCUGACCAAUCUGGGCUUUCCAUCUCUAGGUAUUACGGGAGCAGUCAUCAACAUGGUCUUACUCCUGGUUCUCACCAAAUAUUAAGUGUCUUCCAUUAAAACCUUGAUGUAUUAUCUAAUCACCUCUUACGGGCAAGUCCAAGAUGGAUGCCAGCUGAAAGUACAACGCAGUAGCUGUCAAGAGAGAAACUGCUCUAAUUAACUUAUUUAUAUAUAGGCUACAUGUAAUUAACCACCCUGAAUAAAAGACCAAAGGAUAUUCAAGAUAGAAAUGAAGUGAUCAAUUUAAUGUCACAAAAUAUAAUAAGUCAUGAUCAUCAUUUCAUUGAGAACAUAAGUAUAUUGGCAAAUGAACAUAAAUCUUUGUAUAUAGAAAUUAUAAAAUGGAGUAUAUAUGCAUAAGAGAAGGAGUAUAAGCAUCAUCGAUUGUCCAAAUUUAUGGGAGUAGAUCGAUCAAUAAAAAUUAUGUUACUACUACUAAUUAUGAUAAUAAAAAUAAUGAUGUGUAGAUUUGCAGAGUGCACACAUCAUCCAAACACUCAUUGCGCAAGCUCUGCAACAGUUCUCAGCAUAUAAACAAGCUACUAAUGGUAUGGUAUGGUAUUUAUUAAAUCAUGCAACGAAGUUACAAAGACUGAAUUGCUCAUGGAUAUUACAAUAUAUUAAAAAUAUAUGUUUAAAUUUCAUUUAACACAACCAAGAACAUAGCUACAAGACACCUCCCUUCUCCCCUCCUCAACCCACACCAAAUGAGCUUGUGGCAUCACAUUGGGUUUUCGCGUCGGGUCGGGCAAUCGCAAAACCCGAACAUUCAACACGAUAACUCGGUACGUUGGCACAAGCCCACCUAAUGCAUCUCAUACCAGAAUGUAUACUUCAUAUUUAUAUUGUCAUGUGAUUUAAAUUAUGUAUUCUAAAAUAAUUGAAGUCUUCGAUCAUUAUGUAUAUUAUUUAAUAUUACUAGUAAUCAAAUACUGAUACAUCUAUCUUUCUAAAUUAUUGUUUAAAUGUAGUCCACAAUAAUACAAAUGCUUUCAUUACUUCUGUGUAGAAAUAUUUAUACUUUUAUUUUGAUAUCCAUUAGUUAUCAAGUUUAUACACACUUGUAGGUCUUCCUGCAUAUAAAGAUUAGGUUUUUUAUAUAUAUUUUUUGUGGAAAUACUGAGCACUUUUCAUGUCUAUCUAUUAUUUUGCAAGUAAUGGUGUCUGUUUAUGAUUUUGGCAAUUUUUCAAUUGUGGUUUAACGAUGGUGAUAAAGGGCUCAGCAGCCAAUCAAAAUCAAGGAAUACAAUGGCAAAGUUACUAUAAUCAUUCAUUCUUCAUGACGUAAGACCCAAUUAUAUUUCCAUUUCAAUCUAUGAAAUCAUAUGCAGAUUUAUGCUGCUCCAUUUAUUUAAAGUAGGCCUACUGAAACAAAUUUCCAUUACAAUGAAAUUAUAGUUAAAUUAGACAGAGAUUUCAAUAAAGUGCAAUUAUUUCAAUGUGAAA